AUGCAGCAGCUCCGGCCCGGGGCGCGGGUGCUGCGCAGAGGCUAUAGCCUUACUCCCCGACCUCUCCUCCCUACCUCAUCAUGUACACACUGCCGCCAGACAACCAUUCCACGGGACCCGAGGAUACCCUUGAGCCUGGCGGCCUACCACGGCUCGGCGAAGAGAUCGUCAGCAUGGGGCGCCGCCGUAUCGGUGGCCUCGCACAUGGCCUCCAAUGCCAUCAACCGCGUCACCAAAGGCGAGAUGCCUAUCGACCCGCUACGGACGGUGGCCAAGGAAAUGAAGUUCCUGACGGGCAACAUCCGGAAACUGCUGGGAUCGGGCCAUCCCUCCCUCGAUAGGGCGGCCAAGUACUACACCCAAGCCGAGGGCAAGCAUAUGCGACCCCUCAUCGUACUCCUCAUGUCGAGGGCAACGACCCUGUGCCCCAAAGAAACGCGACGUACCUCUUCCUCGGUCUCGGACCUCCCGUCGGGGGGGAUCGACACGGCCCUCUCCCCGCUCAACAUCCUCGCCGACGUCAACCCGUCCUCGUCUCCGUCCCCCCUUACCGAAGCGGCGCCCACCACCCCGGCCGACGCCGACGCGCAGAUCCUGCCGUCGCAGCGCCGCCUCGCCGAGAUCACCGAGCUGAUCCACACGGCCUCGCUCCUCCACGACGACGUCAUCGACCACUCGGUCUCGCGGCGCGGGUCCCCUUCGGCGAACCUCGAGUUCGGGAACAAGAUGGCCGUGCUGGCGGGCGAUUUCCUCCUCGGGCGGGCCUCGGUGGCGCUGGCGCGGCUGCGCAACGCCGAGGUGAUCGAGCUGCUGGCCACCGUGAUCGCGAACCUGGUGGAGGGCGAGUUCAUGCAGCUCAAGAACACGGCGCAGGACGAGCGCCGCCCCAAGUGGUCCGAGGAGACCAUGACCUACUACCUCCAGAAGACGUACCUGAAGACGGCGAGCUUGAUCUCCAAGUCGUGCCGCGCGGCGGCGAUCCUGGGCGGCGCGGACGCGGCGUCGGUGGACGCGGCGUACUUGUAUGGCAAGAACUUGGGGCUCGCGUUCCAGCUUGUGGACGACCUGCUUGAUUACACGCGCAGCGAGGCCGAGCUGGGCAAGCCGGCGGGGGCGGAUUUGGAGCUGGGGCUCGCGACGGCGCCGUUGCUUUUCGCGUGGGAGACGAUGCCGGAGCUGGGUGCGCUCGUGGGACGGAAGUUUGAGCGGGAGGGUGACGUGGCUAGGGCUAGGGAACUGGUGUUGCAGAGCGACGGCAUUGAACAAACGCGGGCCCUCGCGAAAGAGUACUCCGACAAGGCUAUUGACGCCAUCAGCGGGUUCCCGGAGAGCGAAGCCAAAGACGGGUUGGUCGAGAUGGCCAUCAAGGCGUUGCAGAGGCAGAAAUAA